UGCCCUGCCACUUACAAAGGCUCUGUGACCUUGGGAAAGUUUGGCUUCUCAGUUCUUCAGCUACGUGGUUUUUUAAGUACAGCUGGUUGUAAAAAUGAGAGAUGCCUAUAAGACCCCUAGUAUGGUGCCUAAUACAUAACUAUUCAGUAAAUGAAGUGAACUGAAGAACUGAUCAUUCCCUGUGCAGUUUAAUAAUAGCAGCCGAUGGAAGCUGGUUCUAGUGAGCCCUACGUCAGAGCAGUAUGACAGCCUACUUCGGCAGAUGUGGGAGAGGAUGGACGAGGGAUGCGGAGAGACCAUAUAUGUCAUUGGGCAGGGAUCAGAUGGGACUGAGUACGGGCUGAGCGAAGCAGACAUGGAGGCCUCCUACGCCACAGUGAAAAGCAUGGCCGAGCAGAUAGACGCCGACGUCAUCCUCCUGCGGGAGCGGCAGGAAGCGGGCGGCCGCGUGCGGGACUACCUGGUCCGGAAGCGAGUGGGAGACAAUGACUUCCUGGAGGUCAGGGUAGCGGUAGUGGGCAAUGUGGAUGCUGGCAAAAGCACGCUUCUGGGGGUCCUGACACACGGGGAGCUGGACAAUGGCCGAGGCUUUGCCCGCCAGAAACUCUUCCGCCACAAACAUGAGAUCGAAUCUGGUCGCACCAGCAGUGUGGGCAACGACAUUCUGGGCUUUGACAGCGAAGGCAAUGUGGUGAACAAGCCAGACAGCCACGGUGGCAGCCUGGAGUGGACGAAGAUUUGUGAGAAAUCCACUAAAGUGAUCACCUUCAUUGACUUGGCUGGCCACGAGAAAUACCUGAAGACCACGGUCUUCGGCAUGACGGGCCACCUGCCUGACUUCUGCAUGCUCAUGGUGGGCAGCAAUGCUGGCAUCGUGGGGAUGACCAAGGAGCACCUGGGCUUGGCAUUGGCACUCAAUGUGCCUGUUUUUGUGGUGGUCACCAAGAUUGAUAUGUGUCCUGCUAACAUCUUGCAAGAAACCCUGAAGCUGUUACAGCGCCUGCUGAAGUCGCCAGGCUGCCGCAAGAUCCCUGUGCUGGUGCAGAGCAAGGAUGAUGUGAUCGUUACCGCCUCCAACUUCAGCUCCGAGAGGAUGUGCCCGAUAUUCCAGAUCUCCAACGUCACAGGCGAGAACCUAGAUCUGCUGAAGAUGUUCCUCAACCUCCUGUCCCCCCGCACCAGCUACCGUGAGGAGGAGCCGGCGGAGUUUCAGAUCGACGACACGUACUCCGUGCCGGGUGUGGGGACGGUGGUGUCAGGGACCACACUCAGGGGCCUGAUCAAGCUGAAUGACACGCUGCUGCUGGGCCCGGAUCCUCUGGGGAACUUCCUGUCCAUCGCUGUGAAGUCCAUCCACCGCAAGCGCAUGCCUGUCAAGGAGGUGCGGGGCGGCCAGACAGCCUCCUUUGCGCUGAAGAAGAUUAAGCGCUCAUCCAUCCGGAAGGGCAUGGUGAUGGUUUCCCCGCGUUUGAAUCCCCAAGCAUCCUGGGAAUUUGAGGCCGAGAUCCUCGUCCUCCACCACCCCACCACAAUUAGCCCACGCUACCAGGCCAUGGUGCACUGUGGGAGCAUCAGGCAGACGGCCACCAUUCUGAGCAUGGACAAGGACUGUCUACGCACUGGGGACAAGGCCACGGUGCACUUCCGCUUUAUCAAGACCCCCGAGUACCUGCACAUAGACCAGCGGCUGGUGUUCCGGGAAGGCCGCACCAAGGCCGUGGGCACCAUCACCAAGCUCCUCCAGACCACCAACAACUCCCCAAUGAACUCCAAGCCUCAGCAGAUUAAAAUGCAGUCGACGAAAAAAGGCCCCCUGACCAAACGAGAAGAUGGGGGUCCCCCUGGAGGGCCGACCGUAGGGGUGCCUCCCCCUGGAGACGAAGCAGGCUCUCUGGGGGCUGCACAGUCAGCUGCAUCCAGCAGUCUCCAGCCAACGCUCAAGCCCAGCAGUGGGGGCCGGCGACGAGGGGGCCAGCGUCACAAGGUGAAGAACCAGGGGGCCUGCAUGACUCCUGCCAGUGGCUGCUGAGCUUCUCCUUCCCACCCAAGGGAUUCUGUGUUCUGGCCACCCUCCAUCCGAUGGGCCAGAGCAGUCACCACCCUCCCCAGGCCACAGCCGGAGCCUCAUCAUUCCCCAGCCCUGUUCCCGGGGCUCUAAUUUAUAGCCGAGGACGCCGGCAGACUUCCGGAGCACUACCAUCUCCCGCCCUCUCGGCCGCCUUCUUCCUCACUCAGUCUUUGUACAUCUGGGCCCUUAGUUUUUAUUCUUUUAUUUUCUCUCUCUCAUGUGCGUGUGUGCGUGCGCGUGUGUGGGUGUGUGCAUGGCCACUCCGGGCCCUGGCAGUCUGUCUUCUCUUCCUUUCCUCCUCCAUGGCUGGCCCCGGCCUCCAGGAGCUGUCCGUCCGUGUGUGUGUCUGUGAGAACCUUUAGGGGCUGUCGGGAGCUGAAGGGCCUCCCUCCCAGUGCUGCUCUGUGCCCGGAGCCCUCUCUGGAGCUGGCCUCGGGGCGGGGGCUGCAGGUAUACGUGCUGCUCCUCCGUCUCAGGAGCCUCCUCCUGGGACUCGGGCCUUCUGGCAGGGUCGACAGUGCUGGCUCCCUUUCU